CAUGUCUUUAUAAAUAGCAACUGAAACUGAAGUUGGUGAAGAUCAUUGCAUCUAAACUGGCAAACACCAGCUUGAUAAUGGUUGUUUGACUUUCCAAAAGCUCAUCUGCUUGAUUUGUUUUAGUUUCUGUUGCACCUGCCCCCAAAUGCAUGCCUUUAUAAAUAGCAACUGAAACUACUAUAUAUUAUUGGUGAAGAUCAUUGCAUCUAAAAUGGCAAACACCAGCUUCCAUAACUUUAUCUUUGGUUUCUGUACAAGCCUUCUCAUCAUCACAACCCUUAGCCACAGCGAGCGUGGGUCGUCGAAGAAGGAACAUGCACCUAUUUUCAUCUUCGGGGAUUCAAUAUUUGAUGCUGGAAACAAUAACUACAUCAACACUAGUUUGCGGGCAAAUUUUCGGCCAUAUGGUGAUGUCUUUUUUAAAUAUCCAACGGGAAGAUUUUCGAAUGGUCGUUUAAUUUCAGAUUUUAUAGCUGAGUAUGCAAAACUACCUAUUAUUCCACCAUAUCUACAACCCGGCAACCAUCAAUUUACAUAUGGUGCAAACUUUGCAUCUGCAGGAGCUGGUGCUCUAGUUGAAACUAGCCAAGGUUUGGUGAUAGACCUUACUUCCCAGCUUUCAUAUUUUGAGCAAGUUCGUAAGUCAUUGAGGAAGAAUUUAGGGGAUGAAGAAGCUAAGACUCUGAUAUCAAGAGCUAUUUACUUGUUUAGUGUCGGAGGCAACGAUUACUCAUACAUAUUUGGUACAAACUCCAGCAUCCUUCGAACCUACUCUCAUAGGGAAUUUGUAGGAACAGUUCUAGGCAACAUAACUGCAGCAAUCGAAGAAAUAUACAAGAAAGGAGGAAGAAAUUUUGGGUUUCUUAGCCUUGAUCCUCUUGGUUGUUUACCGUUCGCAAGAGCUGUUGAGCAGGAACAAAAAGGUCAUGGAUGCUUUGAAGAAAUUACGCCGUAUGUAAAACUCCACAACAAAGCACUUCCAAAACUCCUUCAGAAGCUAGAGACUAAACUCAAGGGAUUCAGAUAUUCACUUUCUGACUAUAAUGAGUUUCUGAGAGAUAGGAUGAAUCACCCUUCUAAAUAUGGUUUUGAGGAGGGGAAGGUGGCAUGUUGUGGAAGUGGUCCAUAUAGAGGAAUUUUAAGCUGCGGAGGCGAAAGAGGUAUCAAAGAGUAUUAUUUGUGCCCUAAUGCAAGUAAAUAUGUCUUCUUUGACUCUGCCCAUCCAACAGAAAGGGUCAAUCAGCAAUUUGCUAGGCUAUUCUGGAGUGGAACUCCCAAUUCCACUGCCCCUUACAAUCUCAAAGCACUAUUCGAAAAUUGAAAUAAUCAAGUGUAUAUAUCUUAAUCUCGCUUAUGUAGUUACUAGAAAGACAUUAUCGAUGUAUGGGCAAUGUAAACUCUCAGUUACUCUAUAUAGUGUACUAGCUAGGCCUUUCCAUCUUCACCACAUUGGCAAUUUUGGACUGGAUAUUUAGAUCGAUCAUCUACAAAGUGUAUAUGCUCCACAUACAUGCUA